CUUGACUUAUCACGUUUUAUCAAAAUAGCUGCCGCUUCCUUGUCGCCGCAGCGCUUCUGUGAAGGUCCACCAUGGCUCUGAGUGUUUUCUAUCACAGCCUGGGCUGCCGGCUGAUCCACAGCAAAGUCCUACAGAACCGGGCCGUCAGACUCACGCACAGUGUUUUACAGAGAGAAGCCGGACUGAAACACACGCUGUCAGCGCAGAGACUCCACUGCUACCUGGCGAAUGUGAGCCAGCAACACACCGGCAGAACAACACAAUGGCUCAGUCAGAACUGCUCGAGAACAUUUUCCUCGUUGCCUUCACAGCCCCCAUCAAGUGGUAAAUCCAAGAAAUUUGGGCCAGUGACGUGGAAAUCUUUAGCAAUAACAUUUGCUAUCGGAGGUGCUCUGCUGGGAACGAUGAAAUAUUUCAAGCAAGAAAAGGAAGAGUUGCUUGAAAAAGAAAGAACCAAAUCGAUAGGGAAAGCGGCGCUGGGCGGUCCGUUCUCGCUCAUCGAUCACAACAACAAGCCUUCAAAGAGUGAGGACUUCUUCGGUCAGUGGGUCCUCAUCUACUUUGGCUUCACUCACUGCCCCGACAUCUGCCCAGAUGAGAUCGAGAAAAUGAUCGAGGUGGUGGAGGAAAUAGACAAAAUAAAGUCUAUUCCUAACCUAACACCGAUCGUCAUCACCAUCGAUCCUGACAGGGACACACCAGAGGCCAUGGCUGCAUACGUGAAAGAGUUUUCUCCAAAGCUGAUUGGUCUGACGGGGACGACGUCUCAGGUUGAGGAGGUUUCCAGAGCCUACAGAGUGUACUACAGUCAGGGGCCCAAGGAUGAAGACAACGACUACAUCGUCGAUCACACAAUAAUCAUGUAUCUCGUGGAUCCCGAAGGAGAGUUUGUGGACUAUUUCGGACAGAACAAAAGAAACACGGAGAUCGCUGGCGCAAUAGCAGGACACAUGAGACGGUACAAGAAGGAGAAGGGAGCCCAAUAAAACCCACCAUGAACCGAUGGAUUCUGUUCACCACUCCUGUCUUAUACUGGCCUCUAUUUAUUUUGGAUACACUGGUAUACUGAGAUAUACUGUAUGUCUGCAGUGACAUUCCUUUCCAUGGUGUGAAGCCUGAUGCUGUCGUGUUGCUCUCCGUGAUUUUACAUUUUACACUUUGCACUGCUGCUGAAUAGAAAUCAUUUGGAAAAGUGGUUCCAGCUUUACAAAAAUCUCCACAUAAACAUUCUAAUGUGCUCAUUGUUUUAGAUUUAUGGUGACACGGAAAUGACUGAAGGCAAAGGAUGUUUGAUUUUGUGAUAAAAACCAAAAACAACAAUGUGGGGAUUUUUAUUUUAUUUUAUGUGUGAAUGUGAUCGAAGGGCACAAACCUAAUUGGAAAAGUACUGAGACCCUGUUGAUGGGAUUCUGGCGACUUCUAGUGGUGCAAUCACAGACGACACCCCAGCACUGCACCAGUGUUCAUCAGGAUGGUUUAGUUUUUCUAAAAAGAUGUCUUUUAAAUGAUUUGACUGGUACUAACACGGAGCUUUGGGAGAACGUCAAGACUUAGAAACAUCUUAAGUGCAUUUUCCAAAGAAAAUGAGUGAUUGCUUAUAACUUAAUAACACAAGAUAACAAAUACAGUCAAGAAAAAGCCAGAAGAUAAAAGAGAUGUAAAGGAUUAUAAUGGGUGUCUUUAAUCAUUGCUAACUAACUUAUCUUCUUGCCUCCCUCACCUACAUCCAACCUCCUACCAGUAACGAUGUGAAACUGAGAUACAAAGACAAAUGAGAAAUCCUUUGUUCAGUCGUGUCGGUCUUAAGCAACAGCAUUUGUCAAUUCAAAUCCAACACCCACAAAGGUGUGGCGUUUGUGCGUCACACCAUUUGAUAAAGAGCUUCCAUGUAUAAUGCACUCAUGUUUGGUCUAGUCAAGGUGUAUUUAAGUCAUCAUAACAUCCUGAAGUGAACAGUUUCACCCAUUUAUCAUGUCAUAACAUUUAUAAAAUUAGUUAUGCUAUUGUCUUAAAUGCUGAGAAGAGAAAAACAGUUUGUUGUUAGUGUUAUUCAUAUAUGAUUUUUAAUAUAUGCAUCUGCAGAGAUGUAUUUUCAGAUCAGAGGUAGAAAGUUGGUCAACGCAUAUUUUUCAAACUAUAGCUUCAAGCUGUAGGACUUGUUAAUAAUUCUUUUUUUUUGCACAGACCAAAUAAGCCUCAUGUUUAUUUCACAGGAAAG